CAAGAUGGACCUGUUCUAUUUGGAUUACCAUGCCAUGUAUUUAUGAGCGGGAAGCAAAUAAUAUAGAGCUAGAGUAAAGUCAAGGUCUUCCUUUCAGCCCUUCUAUCUAAAGAUAAUAAGUAAUAAUGGAGACUCUACUGCCCGGUGAUACCAAUACCCAGUCUUACAGUCCACAGCUGAAAACAGUACUAAAAACAUAUCAACUGUCGGCUGUAAAGAGCCUGCAGGGACCAAGUUCCGCCCUGCUAGGCAUGGACUGCAAGGGACUUUUACAGGAGCAAGCAAAUUUUCGUUUUUCACCGCCAAACUGCACGGGCAACUGUGGCAUAGAUUCCCUCAAUCAGCAUUCGUCGCUUAAAGACAUUGAAAAGAGAGAAAAUUCACCGGCUCGCAUCACGACAUCUUGUAAGGACCUACAAGUGGAACCGCUUCAUGAAGAUUCUGACGACGAUCCGCCCGAUAGACCAAAGGUAUGUGAGAAGAGGGACUUGGAGUUUCAAAUUCCAAUUUUAACUGCACCAGAUCAGAGCUGCUCGGAAAGAUGCGAGACUAUUUUGGAAGGAGAAAGGAUAUCUUGUUUUGUCGUGGGUGGAGAGAGGAGGUUGUGCUUGCCACAAAUUUUGAACACAGUGUUACAAGAUUUUUCCUUGCAGCAAAUUAAUCAAGUGUGCGAUGAAUUACAAAUAUACUGUUCGAGAUGCACGAGAGACCAACUGGAGGAGCUCAAGCUCUCUGGUAUUUUACCUCGAAACGCGCCUUCCUGUGGCUUGAUAACACAAACGGACGCGGAACGACUUGUCAGUGCACUGUUAUCGAGGGCAGAGCCCUACUUACCUCCUUCCAUACACGACAGAGACGAUAUUGAUAUAAAAAGACUGGUAGUGGAUAAAAAAGACAUUGAGAAAGAAGCCAUUUCGCGAUUUAAAGUGUAUCACGAAUGCUUUGGAAAGUGUAAAGGUAUAUUUGAUGCAAAUUCUUUUGUGUCAGAGGACUCGGCGUGCAUAGAGUGCUUAGACUGUGGUUGCAGACUAUCACCCCAGCGCUUUGUAAGGCAUGCGCAUGGAUCUCUCGAGAAUCGUACCUGUCACUGGGGUUUCGAUUCAUCCAAUUGGAGAUCCUAUCUACUGCUGUCGCGAGAUCAACAGCAUUACAACAAAAUCGUCAACUUCUUUAGGGAUCUGAAAGAUAGGCAUCUCCUACCCAACGCUAAGCGAAAAUUAGAGAUACAACACGAGUCGGAGAAGCUAAUGAAAAAGCUGAAGAAGGACAUCGGAAGGGAGGAGUUCACCAGCGGCGUGUACAACGGGAACGGCCUCGGACUCUACCAUCCGGCCUCUCCGGCGGCGGCUGUCGCCGAUCCCUACCUCCGCAUGCAGUGGGCCGUGUUCGAGCUCGCCGCCCGCGAGGCCUCCGCCUUCAGGCCUUGGAAUCCCGCGGGAUCGUGCAAGCACCGCGAGAGCUCGGCCCACGUGCCGGCUUAUUUAAGCCGGGGUCCGCCGGUACUUCAGCACCCGGAGCGCGUCGUACCCAUGUCGGAUUGCGAGCGCUUCGAGCCCCAUUUCCAGCCGAACGUGGCCCUGGCGCCACCCAGUGCGUCGCCGGUUGUACCCGCGAGCGGUCUGCCUCUCGUCUCACCCGUGACGGUUGUCGGGGCGGCCAGCCCCGCAGUACCAACGGGGACGACGAUACCGCCGCUGGCUGCGGGACCGCAUCGACGACAUAGACGGCACGGCCACCCGAGAUCUACCAGUCCCGAUGAUAAGUCUGCCGUGGCGCUGACGACGAUCUCCUCCUCGACAUCGUCCCUCGAGGGUUUCGUCCCUGUGAGCGUGAAGAUCGAGAAGCCAUCGUCGCCAUGUCCCGAGGCGGCCGCCUACGCUCCCGUACUCGCCUGCCCCGGCGAGAAGGGCGAGCAACAGCAGCAGCAGCAGAAGUCAGUCGACGAGAAGACGGAAGGAGAUGAAAAAGAGGAGAAGCUGACGGUGGGAAAGGAGAAGAUGGACGGGAAGGGGACGAUGGGGAAUGAGGAGGACGAUGAUGAGGCGGAGGAGGGGGAUGAUAGGGAGAAGGAGUUGGUGGUGGAGAAGGAGGAGAAAGGGGAAAGCAGCGUCACCACUAUUAUCUCAUCCACGCAGCUCUCGUCUGUGGACCAGCAGCAGCAGCAGCAGCAGCAGCAGCAGCAAACAUUGACGUCAGAGUCGACGCGCGUGGAGGUCCUCGGCUCAACAUUGGCAACAACAAAGUGCCGCGACCUUGGGCAGGAGCUCGAGGAGCGGCUGCUGGUCCUCGAGGUACCUUCCGACACCCUCGAGCUCGCGAGGCGUCUUGCAGCCGAACUUUCUAGCCUUCGUCGUGACAACACGAGGCUUCGGGAAGAGCUGCGACAGGUCGAACGUCUCGAAAGGUGCAACUCGAUCGAGAGCAGCACCACCGAGAUCGGGAAGCAGCAGCCACAACAACAACAGCAGCAGCAGCAGCAGCAGCAGCAACAACAGCGUCCAGGUAGAGCAGAAAAAGGUGGAACAAGAGGCGGUGGUGGAAGAGCUGGCGACGAAGUAAGGGGAUCUGCAACUGGAGGUGAAGCUGGAACUGGAGCUGGAACUGGAGCUGGAGCUGGAGCUGGAGCUGGAGCUGGAGCUGGAGCUGGAGCUGGAGCUGGAGCUGGAGCUGGAGCUGGAGCUGGAGCUGGAGCUGGAGCUGGAGCUGGAAGAGGAGAGGGCGCCCGUUGA